AUGAAAUCAAAGUGGACGGCGGAGAGCCUUCUCUCCCAUCUCUCCUACGGAUACUAUACCCAAGACCAAGAAACGGUCGCCGUCUCGAUACGCAACUCGGUCGAGCAGCCAUCGCUUCUCCCCCGCGAGCAGGACAGCGAGUACGAUACCUCGACCUCCUCGCUCGGCUCGCUGGACCAUCUAUCCCUCGAACUCCUACAUCUCAUCUGCGAGAAACUAGACGUCCAGUCUCUCGUCCGCCUAUCGCAGACCUCUCUCCGCGCCAGAGCCGUCGUAGGCUCGUUCCCAGUCUACCAAGUGCUUCUCAAACAUGCCAGAGCAGCCCUGACCAACCUGGCCGAUACAAGACUGCUCUCCUUCCACCCAGCUACAACAAUCUACUCCGCCCUCGUCUCCUCAGAGUGCAUCUCAUGCAAGAAAUCAGGCGCUUUCUUCUUCCUCCUUACCUGUCGCCGGGUCUGUUUUCAGUGUCUACGCAUCAACCCCGCGCUGUGGGUGAUACCGGUCAAAUUCGCCAGAAAGUGCUUCAAGCUGGAUGAUUCCCUCACCUUUCCUCCACCGGGUAUGCCGGUCAUGUAUAUCGGAUCCAGACAGAGGCCCGUAGGCUUCGUCAGCGCGAAAUGCGCACGACAGUUCUCCCUCUCCGUCCACGGGUCGAUGGAGGAAGUUCAUCGUCUCCAGGCCGCGGACGGUAUGCAUGCCUCUACGCUGAUGGAAGGGUACUUUAUGCAGUUUCUACGAGACGCGCCCCUUCAACCAUUUACGCCAGUGAUGUUAUCGUCUACAGGCUGGUGGGAAGAGAUAUCUGAGUUCUACGUCGUGCUGGCGCAGGAUCUGCCUGCUAAUCGGGGCUGUUUGGUAUUUCCGCCUUGGUCCGUUGCCGAUGGGACGGUUGCGGAUGGUCUUUGGUGUCGUGGCUGCUCUCGUAUGGUGCCAUUGUAUAGACAUGGUAAGCUUAGCUAUGCGGUGCUGUCGAACAUCAUGCCUGAUCUGCCGCCGGAUGGCAUCGAGACUGUCGAGGCGCUGUACGAGCGGGCGUCCUGUGCGAGAUCGAAGGAGCAGUUUUGGAAGCAUGUUGCUACUUGCUGGGGGACGAGGGAGGAUAUGCCUGAUAUCGAGCAGGUUAUGAGACAGCUACACCUCUACGAAUAA